UCCCAUCCUCAGACUGCGACGCGUUGCUAAGGUCUUUCUGUUGCUAAGGGAAACGUGGCCUAACUUCCUCCAGCAGCCUGACCUCCCGUCUGCUGUCAUGUUGAAGGUGCUGGGUCUGGCGGCUGUUCCUGCUAGCCUGAGUUUUGCAUCUCUCCGUGUACAUGCAUCCAGUGGUGAAGUAAAGACUCCCAAAGAGUUCAUAAAAGUGGAGGAGCUUUCUCUAUAUUCUACGCCAGUUCAAGAAGCUAAAUAUGUUGAAAAAAGUCAGACACAGCUGGAGGAUGGAAUCUCAUGGCUGAGACAUUCGAUCACACCUUAUACUGGCUGGUGUCAGGAUGCUUACUCCAAGAUCAAGCCAAAAGUUGAAACUGCAGUAGAUCACUCAAUAGUUACUUACGAAUUUGUAAAAGACGCUCCUCCUGGCUUCUACCCCAGACUUGGCUUGAUCGGGUUUGCUGGACUGGUUGGUCUGUUUCUGGCUAGAGGAUCAAGAGUAAAGAAAUUGAUCUAUCCUCUUGGUUUUAUGGGAAUCGGUGCCUCUUUGUACUAUCCUCAGCAAGCAGCCAGCGUUGUAACGGGUACUGGAACAGCGCUGUAUGACAGAGGCCUGCAAGCAUAUGUAAACCUGGAAUCGUUGUGGAAGGAUGGCGGGAAAAAGAAGAAGUCUGGGAAAAAGGAAAGCGUAAAGUCGGAAGGGACCUCAGAUAAAUCAGCGAGCAGUGUUCUCACCUCAGCCGAGGACAAGUCACAGAAGGAAGGUUCAUCUGAAGGGUCUAAUUAACAAGGGUUACAAAUGGUCUUCCAGCCUCAAAAUCAUUAUUCAAACAACUUGUGAUGCCUCUCAGGAACCCAAAACUUGCACUGAUGCAAAGGCAUUCUGUAACUAUGUGAAUAAACUGUAUUUAUCUGGCUCCUCUGAUUAUCCAAAGUAAUUUUCUGUUCAUCAUCUACAUAUAGUAUAUAUCCAAUAAAACAAAAACACUUAUUUUACUUGUA